GUCAUUGGCGGCUGGGGGUCUUCGAACUCGAAUGCUUCAAAGUUCACAAGCUGUGUGCAAGCUGUCUUGUCCAGCUACCACUAAUCGUGUGGUCAUACCAAGGCUCAGGCUAUAUACUAAGUUGAUCUGCCAUGGACGGCGCACCUACCGACACUACUCACCUGGAUUGGGGCAACGUCGGCCUCGGCUUCUCCUUCAUUCUUUUCAAUGGCCUCAUUUCUACAUCGCUACAACUUGGAGUAGGAUCGUCACUACUCUCUGCGGCCAUACGUUGUGUAGUGCAGUUGGGGCUAGUCGCGCUGGUGUUGCAGAAGGUGUUCGAGACGAAUAAUCCAUGGGCAGUUGGCAGUAUUGCAUGUUUGUUGAAUUUACUAGGGACUAUCGAGGCAGUUGUGAACAAGUCUAAAAAGCGCUACAAUCAUAUGUUCUCCUCUGUACUGUUUGGUAUGCUGUGCUCGACGAUACCUGUCUCCAUCAUCGGCAUCCGCUUCGCCAUGGCCGUAGACCCCUUCUGGAAGCCCGAACAAUAUAUUCCGAUUGUUGGCAUGUUAUGUGGAGGCACGAUCUCGGGAAUCGUUGUUUCCGUGUCUUAUGUACUCCGGGAAAUAUACGACAAUCGCGACAAAGUAGAAAUGUACCUCGCAUUUGGAGCAUCACGUUUUGAAGCAUGCAGACCUGUCGCACGAGAAGCUCUUCGUCUUGCGCUAACUCCAACGAUCAAUCAAAUGAGGUUCGUACCAUCCAAAAUACAAGCUAUUUCUAAUUCAGUGUUUACCCUUGACAAUAGCGUGAUCGGAAUCAUUGCUAUUCCAGGCAUGAUGACCGGUGCCAUACUUGGUGGCUCUUCGGUUCAGCAGGCAGCUCGGCUCCAGAUGGUUAUCAUGUUUAUGAUUUCCGCCUCCACAGCACUUGCAUCGAUUAUCACCACUAUCACAACGCUUGCUGUCGUCGUCGAUAGCGAGGAUCGCCUCCGCCCGGACCGCGUCGAUGUGCGCGAGCAUCCGGUCUGGCGUGCGAGGAAUUGGCUCUUCAGCCGAGCAGUGGACGGGGUGAAACGCACCGUGCAGAGCUGUCGUGGGCUCAGACGCGAGGAUAGACAGAAUGGGGCUGCGGAUACGGAAAGGUUGCUGGGCUGAUGCUCAUCUUGUUCUAUCAAAAAAAAAACGCUUUCUUGCCAACCGCGCGAAGUUCACCCUCCUUAUUCAGAUCUUAUCGUGUAUGGGCAAUGGUUU